AAUAAAAACAAGAAAAACAACAAUUAAACCCUACUUUAACCCGUCCAUCUUUUCGAUUCGAAAUGAAUAUUUACGGCCUUCCCCAUAUUCGUCCUGUGAUCUUCUCUUCUCCUUCCUCUAAUCCAAUUUUCCUCAAGUUCACGACAUGCCCCUUCCAAAGCCCCAAAUUCACCAUACAAUCCCCUUUCCUUCAUCCCCCACAGAUGCCCUUCUUGCGGACAAAGCCCUAACUCUCCUUAAACGCCAUCCUUACCAACUAAAUUCCCUGUCUUCCCAUUUUACCCCUGAAACAGCUUCCUAUUUACUCCUCAAAUCCCAGCAUGAUCAAAUCCUCACCUUAAAGUUCAUCAAUUGGGCUCAACCUCACCCAUUCUUCGACCCUCGCUGCAAGUGUCUUGCCCUUCACAUUUUAACUAAAUUCAAGCUCUACAAACCAGCACAGACCGUAGCUCAGGACUUAGCUGUGAAUACAGCGGAUGAUUCUGGUAGUUUCGUGUUUCAAUGUCUUAAAGAAACGUACCACUUUUGUAAUUCUAGCUCUGCUGUUUUUGAUUUAGUGGUAAAGUCUUACUCCCAUUUAAAUUUUAUUGAUAAAGCUUUAAACAUUGUAAAUUUAGCUAAAUUUAAUGGAUUUAUGCCUGGCGUUUUGUCCUAUAAUGCCAUUAUAGAUUCAAUAAUUAGGUGUCAAAAACCUAUUAGAUUUGCUGAGGAGGUGUAUAGGGAAAUGAUUGCAAGUGGGAUUUCUUUAAAUGUGUAUAGCUACAAUAUUUUGAUUAGGGGUUUUGUUAGGGCGGGGAAUUUGAAAAUGGGUUUAAAGUUUUUUAAGGAAAUGGAGAGGAAUGGGUGUUUGCCUAAUGUGGUGACAUAUAAUACAAUGAUUGAUGCACAUUGUAAGCUGAACAGGAUUGACGAAGCUUUUGAUUUAUUGAGAUCAAUGGGUUUGAAGGGUUUGGAGCCGAAUUUGAUUACAUAUAAUAUGGUAAUAAAUGGGCUGUGUAGAGAUGGGAGAAUGAAUGAAUCUAGUGAGAUUCUUGCAGAGAUGAGUCGAAAGGGUUAUGUUCCUGAUGAAGUAACUUAUAAUACACUCGUAAAUGGAUAUUGCAAAGAUGGCAAUUUCCACCAAGCACUUGUUUUGCAUGCAGAGAUGGUGAGAAAUGGAUUGUCACCCAAUGUUGUUACAUAUACUUCAUUAAUUAAUAGUAUGUGUAAGGCUGGAAAUUUGAAUCGAGCAAUGGAGUUUUUUGAUCAGAUGCAUGUUAGAGGACUUCAUCCAAACGAGAGGACAUACACAACAUUGAUCAAUGGGUUUGCCCAAAAGGGGUUCUUGAAUGAGGCUUAUCGGAUUCUGAAUAAAAUGCUCAGGAGUGGAUUCAAACCUUCAAUUGUGACUUAUAAUGCCCUUAUUAAUGGACAUUGUGUUUUGGGGAGGACAGAAGAGGCCAUAGGCUUGUUACAAGACAUGGUGGGUAAAGGGUUGUCCCCUGAUGUUGUAAGUUAUAGUACUAUCAUAGCUGGAUUUUGUGGUAAUCAAGAGUUGGAAAGGGCAUUUCAAAUGAAACUGGAGAUGGUUGAGAAAGGUGUUUUGCCAGAUGCCAUCACCUAUUCAUCACUUAUUCAAGGUCUUUGUGAACAAGGAAAGCUAACUGAAGCUUGUGAUCUGUUCCAAGAGAUGUUGACUUUCAGGCUGCCUCCUGAUGAAUUUACGUAUACGACUUUGAUCAAUGCUUAUUGUAAAGAAGGAGAUUUGAAGAAGGCUCUUCAUUUGCAUGAUGAAAUGAUACAUAAAGGAUUUCUACCAGAUGUUGUCACUUACAAUGUGCUUAUUAAUGGGCUUAACAAACAAGCUCGAACAAAGGAAGCCAAGAGACUUCUGCUUAAGUUGUUUUAUGAUGAAUCUAUCCCAUUUGAAGUAACGUAUGAUACACUGAUAGAAAAUUGCUGUAAUAUUGAAUUUAAGAGUGUGGUUGCACUGAUGAAGGGAUUUUGCAUGAAAGGUAUGAUGGAUGAAGCAGAUCGAGUUUUUGAAUCAAUGAUUGAGAGAAACCACAGCCCAAAUGAAGCUGUAUAUAAUGUUAUUAUACAUGGUCAUUGUAGAGGUGGAAAUAUUCAGAAGGCAUAUAAACUUUACAAGGAAAUGGUUCAUUUUGGCUUUGUUCCUCAUACUGUGACUGUAAUUGCUCUGGUAAAAUCACUUUUUUCUGAGGGAAUGAAUGAAGAGUUAAAUCAAGUUAUAGAGAACAUAUUGAGAAGCUGCAAGCUUACUGAUGCUGAGCUUGCUAAAGUCCUUGUUGAAAUCAACCAUAAAGAAGGGAACAUGGAUGUGGUUUUUAAUGUGCUUACUGAAAUGGCCAAGGAUGGCCUUAUUCCUAGUAGUGGUAGUGGAACUCCUGCCAAUCCUUGGGCAUAGUCUGUUUGAUGUACAAUUCAUUCUUCUAAUCUGCUUUCAAUGCUCACUGGACGUAUUUUGUCAUAUAGAGGAUAUAGUGUGCUGAGUGUCAUGGUUUACUUGGUUCUGCCUUUCUGCUACUUCAAGGGCCAAGUGCUAUGGGAUGCCUACAGAAGAUCCUUAUUGCUUCAUUAUUUUCCUGUGAUUCUGAUGCCACUGGUUAAAUGGGGUGGCUGAUGUUGAUGAAAUGCUGUACCAAACUUUUUGAAGGACUUGGUUACUACAGACUUAUCGAUUCUUUGAUGAAUUAAAAAUCUGCUGCACCAUGAAUUAAUAUCUCUUGGUUGUCAAGAAUUCAUCAGCUUUUAUGUUCUCCUUGUUCAUCAAUUUUUUGAAGGCCUUCAGUAAAGUUCUUUACCCUUUGAGUUCAUAUGCAAAGGACAAUGUGAAAGAGCUUCUUGUUUGCUCUGUAAAGCUCCAAUUGAUUUAGCAAAUAAAUUAAGCUGGGCCCUUUGCCCCGAGAAUUUUCAGCCAUCAAUUAUUUUGCUUGCUUAUUCCUAGGGCUUUUCUAGGAUCAUGAAGAGAUCACAGACUGUUUUACUAUUUAUGAAAACAACAAACUGCAUAAAUAGAAGAGAUGUAGAAGCUGUAGCACUACUUACACAAGGCCUUUUCUUGUAGCUGGAGUUGCUGACUAAUCAGGGCGCCAGUUGGGUGGCACCGAACAGACGAGAUUCUGCUUCAAAUUUUAUACAGAUGAGAGUCAAAGGUAGGCUACUGUCUACCCUGCUAGUAAAUAAAGCCAAUAGUUAUGGAUUUGGGAAAAUUCUGUGCUGUAUUUGUGAAGCUAGAAAGUCAAAUCUAUAUGUGCAACAGAUGACUGUUUUUAAAUUUAAUGUUGUCCUUGUUCUUUUCUCA